AUGAAUAUGGAGGAGCUGGAGUCAGCAGGCCUCAAAUCGGAGGCAGUAUCAGCCGGGGCAGGAGAGAACCCCUGCCUUGUCCGGUUGGGAACUGCCAGUCAGUCCUUAAGAUGGAGAAUGCCUUCGCACAUAAAACAGGAACCUGAACAGGGGCUGCUGUCACAGGGCUGGGAUGCCCCAUGGCAGGAGCUCCUGAGGGGAAUGGAGUCUCCAUACUCGGUGCAAGGAAGCGAGCGGCUGCGGGAGACAUCGCUUUUGGAUCCCUUUGAGGAAGCGGCCACCACUAUGAGCUGCCAGCCUGGAAACGAGGCCUUGACCCAACCCAUGCUAGGCCUCAGUGGAACGACACAGCCAGCUGACAGCAAGCUGGAUGCCGGAGAGAGGGGAGAUCGCAGGGCAGUGAAAGAGGAGAUGGAGGCCAAGGAGAGCAUCGGCUCAGAUGUCCAUCGCCAGGUCUUCAGGGGAUUCUGCUACCAGGAAGCCAAGGGGCCCCGAGAGGUGUGCAGCCGUCUGUGGGAGCUUUGCCACCAGUGGCUGCAGCCUGGAAGGCGCACCAAGGAGCAGAUCCUGGAGCUGUUGAUCCUGGAGCAGUUCCUGACUGUCCUGCCACCGGAAAUGCAAGGGUGGGUGAAGGAAGGGGGUGUAGAGACCUGCACCCAGGCAGUGGCCCUGGCAGAAGGAUUCCUGGAGAAGCAGCGCAAGGGUGCUACACCGGAAGAGCAGGUGCCGGGCCUGUUCCACGUUGUGACUCUGAACUUCUCGGACGCUGAGCUGGUCUCGUCAGAACACUUGCGGAGGCAUCCUGGCAGGGAAGUCAAGGAGGAGGAGGCAGAGGGAGGUGCCACCUCACUUGAUAGACAUAGAAGAACCCACACAGGAGAGAGACCAUAUAAAUGCCUUGAGUGUGGGAAAACCUUUAGCUGGAGCUCACACCUUAAGAGCCACAAGAGAAUCCAUACAGGAGAGAGGCCCUAUAAAUGCUCAGUCUGCAGCAAAAGCUUUCUUAAUAGCUCGGGUGUCAUUCGGCAUCAGAGAACUCACACAGGGGAGAAACUUUUUGAAUGCUCAAACUGUAGCAAAAGCUGUGGCGCCAAAUCAAGCCUUAUCAAUCAUCAGACCAUCCACACGGGAGAGAAAUCAUAUCAGUGUUUAGAGUGUGGGAAAAGCUUCAACUGGAGCCACACCCUAGUUAGACAUCAGAGAAUCCACACCACAGAGAAACUGUAUAAGUGCUCAGAGUGUGUGAAAAGCUUCAGUCUGAUUCAGCACGUCAUUAGACAUCAAAAGAAUCAUACUGGAGUGAAAUCACAUCAAUGCUCGGACUGUAGCAAGAGUUUCCUUGACAAAUCGAGCCUCGUUAAACAUCAGAGAAUCCACACAGGUGAGAAACCAUAUACCUGUUCAGACUGUGGGAAAAGCUUCAGUCACAACCAACACCUUAUAAGACAUCGGAUAGUUCACACAGGAGAGAGGCUACAAAAGCAGAGCUGCAGAUAUGCCAUUAUUCCACCCAAGUGUGGAAAAGCUACAUAA